GACGGUCAGUGACGUCAUGGUGUAAUGGCUGAACAACAACCUUCUGCGUCUGACAAACUUUACAAACUUCAACAGAAGAACAGAAAAAGUUGAUUUUUUUAAACACCCAGGACAAUCCUUUUGUGUUUGACUGUACCUUUGUUCCAGAUGAACAUUUUGUGAUGGAUCACAGAUAUGACAUAGCGCGGAGGGCCGCCGGGGGUGGCGGAGGCUCGGGGAACUCUUCGCCCGGUUUGGGGGCACAGUCCCGCCGCAGGAAGGUGCCUCCGAGACCCGCUGACUUUAAACUGCAGAUUAUAAUCAUCGGCGCCCGUGGAGUGGGUAAAACUAGUCUCAUGGAAAGGUUUACGGAUGAUACUUUCUGUGAAGCCUGCAAGUCGACCGUAGGAGUAGACUUCAAAAUCAAAACGGUGGAGCUAAGAGGGAAGAAGAUCAGGCUACAGAUAUGGGACACGGCUGGACAGGAGCGUUUCAACUCCAUCACGUCGGCGUAUUACAGAGGAGCAAAGGGAAUUGUCAUUGUGUAUGACAUCACCAAACAAGAGACGUUUGACGACCUCGCCAAGUGGAUGAAGAUGAUCGACAAGUACGCUUCAGAGGACGCAGAGCUACUGUUGGUCGGGAACAAACUGGACUGUGAAUCGGACCGGGUCAUCUCCAAACAGCAGGGAGAGAGGUUUGCAUCGAGAAUAAGUGGGAUGCGUUUUUGUGAAUCCAGUGCCAAGGACAACUUUAAUGUAGAUGAGAUCUUCCUAAAGCUCGUGGAUGACAUUAUUAGCAAAAUGCCUUUGGAGAUGACGAAUAAGGAGCUCUCCAACAGCGUCCUAUCCCUGCAGCCGGAGCCCGAUGUGCCCCCAGAGUUGUCCCCUCCGCGGAUGCGCUGCUGCUGAGUCCCCCCCUCCCCUGUGUCUCUCUCGUCUUACCCCCUCCUCCCUGUCCCCCCUCUGGACCCUUUCUGUCUUUUCCCAUAAAAUUCCACAUCCACUACACAGUUUGUCCUGCAGAGGGCGACACACUGCAACAUAUCAACUCACAUAACAGGCAGUAUUAUAUAUAUAUAUAUGACCUAGCAUAACUACAGGGCUCUUCCUUAAUAUUGGCACCCCUUCAGCAAAUAUGAGCAAAAGAAGGUUGUAAAAUAAUUAUCCGUUGUGAAAAAAAAUCUGCACAUCCUGCUCAAAGUAUAGUUUAUUUUUAUUUUUAUUUAACUUUGGUGCAAAGGUGUAGACAUUAUUUUAAUUGGAACUUUCAGCACAUUUUCAAGAGGAUUGCUCUAGUGAUCUCAAAAUGUCCAAGAAUCACUGACGAGCUUUGAUUUCAGAGACAGCAGAUGGCUUUAGUUAACUCUUAAAGACUGUAUACUGUAAGAAAACAUUAAUUGUGAUUAAAUUGAAAUUUUGUUAUUUUGUGUGGCAUAUUGCCCAUCCCUGGUCUAGCCCUACUUUAGUCCUAGUUAGUGUUGUCACAAUACUGAAAUUUCAAAAUCCAUUUCAAACUAAGGAAUGCCAUAAAUUUCGGACUAUUGAGCGCACCUGAAUAUAGGCCGCAGCCACAUAUAAGCUGCAUGUUACAAAUAUGUUGUAACAUGAGACACACUUUUUUCAAACUAUGCAUGAAAAUUGGCAGUACAGCACCAACACACCAUCAACACGGGAUGAACAUAUCUGCAGGUUUAGAAAAUAAAACCGCACCAACACGGGCCAUCUGCUUUUAUUUCCUCUUAAAGGUUUUGUUGUCUUUUUACAUUGAGUAAGUUCUUCCCGCUGCCGACUCCAACAAUGCACUAUUGGUUCAUUAAUGCCAAGCUUACGUGCAGUAGCUCUAUUUACCCCUUUGAUGACCAGAUCCAUUGCCUUUAACUUAAAAGCCACAUCAUUGGCAUUUCUCCAUGUGUUUUCCAUAAUGGAGGUGUGUGCAUGAUGCGCAAAAUGACAGUUCAAAAUCAAAACUAGUGUAUUCUUCAGCGCAUAAUCUUUCCCCACGUUUGUCUCACGUUUGUAUUUAGGAAAGGUUCAUUUCUGUCCUGUGAAUGUGAUUUAUUUUUUUUUUUAUAUCAAUACUACAAAUACUACUGAUGAUACAAAUGUGUAUGUAGUUUCGAUACUAGUUUUAGUAUCAGUUAGUAUUUGAUUAGUAUCAAUUACUAUCUUAUUUUUGAUUCUUCACAGCACUAGUCCUAGUUUAGUCCUGCUUUAGUCCUGGUCUAGUCCAUGAAUCAUAGCUGAAUAACUGCACAGGUUGGAAAUCUCCAAACCACAACCCCAAAUGAUCAGAAUCACUUUAAGUUGUAUCACUGUGCCAAUAUUAACGCAGAACUCUGUACUCUCAUGUAGAUGUUACACUAACAUUAGUUGAACAAUGUCUCCCCAUCCUACCUCAGUCCAUACAGGUGCCUUUGAGGUAGACUGCCCUCUGCUGGGUGUUGCACAUUUUAAUGAGAAGAUAUUUUUGACGGAAAAUAUAAUGGUUCUCUGUCUAUAUUACUAUUAGUAUUUGUCUCCCUGUCAGUUCUUGGUCACACUAAAAAGGCUGUCUAAAGCUUUGGUAAUAGUCAGUUAUUCUCAAACUGUGCUGGUGAAAUAGACUUAAGUUUAGCAGUGGUUAAAUAUUGGCUUAUUCUUAUGUUGCAUUUGUUAGUUGGGUUGCUACUAUGAGGAAUUACAUUUAAAGGGCCCAUAUAUUACACUGUUUUCUGAUCUAUGUUAUGUAAUUUCCUCAUCAAAAACAUUCUUCGAUUUGUGUUUUAUUUCAUUAACACAUUUAACAAACAAACCCUGCAUAUUUAGGCUGAGCUUGUUUAAACGGAAAACACUCUGUUUCACCUUGUGAUGUCAUGUUGUAAAACAAGAAGUGCUCCACUAUGUUUUUAAACUCCACACACCUUCACUAGAAUAAUUUGGAUAAUUUCAGCCCUGGAAUUGCCAAUCUCGACUGAACAAAAGGUAAAACUACUGCUUCAUGUCAUCACAAGGUGGAACAGAGCAUUUUGAGCUUUGGAGAUGUAGACGGACUAAUAAUAAAGGGUUACUCAAAUGUGUGAAUGAAACAAAACACAACUCCAGGUCUGUUUUCGAUGAGGAAGUAACAUUAUAACAUGGUUUAAAGCUCACAAGAGUCAAUUUUGCGUAAUAGAUAUUAACUGUGUUGUUUCUAUCUCUUGUCCCUAUGGAAAAUGUAUUUAUCAAUUAAUAUUAAAAUAUUAUAAAGUUCUCAAAAGGCUUUCAAAACAAAACAAAAAUAUAUAUAUAUAUAAAUGUUAAGUUGCUGAUACCCAUGAAUAGGGAAUAAAUGAACUACAGAAUUAGGAACCACUACCACAGUUUGAGAAACACUGAUUAAACAUAUUUUUACUGACAAGAGAAGGGUCGGCAAGGGCUGACAAACAAAAGCACAUAUUGUUUUAUUAAAAAGAUGUAAAUAUGAGUCUAUAGACCCCAUUGUUGUGAUGACUGACAACUUGAGACAACUUAUUUUAUCAUUGCCGUUCAGUAUUAAACAUAUGGAGAAACUCAUUCAUUUAAAGGGCCUAUAUUGCACUAUGUCUGAUCUAUGUUAUAAUGUUGCUUCCUCAUCACAAUCAUACCCGGAGAUGCGUUUUGUUUAAUUCGCACAUGUUGAACACUCAAAUUUUACAUAUUUAGCCUGAGUUCUUCUCUCAAACAGAAAGUACUCUUCCAUUUUGAUGUCAUGUGAUAAUACAGUAGAUGCUCCACUGUGUUUUUAAUCUCCAUACACCUUCACUAGUAUCAUUUGGAUCAUUUCAACACUAGAAUUUCCAAACUGGACUGAACAAAAGGUAAAAGUUAAUUUGAAAACUACUGCUUCAUAACAUCACAAGGUGAAACAGAGCAUUUUGAGUUUUGGAGAUGUUGACAGACUAAUAAUAAAGAGUUACUCAAACAUGUGUGAAACAAAACACAACUCUGGGUGUGUUUUUAACAUUCUAACAUGGCUCAAAUGUCAUUAUAGUCUUUUGCUCAAUGUAGGACCUUUAACAUUUGUACAAACAAUUUUUUGCACUUUUAUGUUAAGUGACAAACAUCCCAAACUUCACUGGGAUACAACUAAAUAUGGACAGAAAUUUUAGUUUAGGUUUGAUCAGUGUUGCCUUGUUUGAGAAAGAAUUUGCAAAGGGUUAUGGGUAAUGUAGUCUUUCAAAGGGUUGUGCAGUAUUCCUUGUAUGUGAUAUUAGCAUUCGGAGAAGCUAGUAAACACACAAUGCUAGCUAACAGCACAUUUUAGAAUAUAGUAGGGUUGUAUAGAAAUCAAUGGCUUUGGAAUGUUUGAAAAGUGCCAUAUAUAUUAGCUAAUAUAGUAAUUAUUUUAGUUUAUGUUGAGAAAUCUCCAGGAAAACUGACCUUUUUGUUAUAGCUGGACAAUUAACUGCACAAAUUUAGCAAUACUCAGCUAUGCAUGUUACCAUUAGCUUCCUGGUUCGAUUUUCUGUAUGCAAUUUAACCUACUGUUUUGUACUAUAUGUAGCAGUGUGGCUAUAGUGGUUGGAAGUGGCAAGGAAUUGAAACGGUUGUGGACUAAGACUGGCUUCCAAGGACUUUUGAUGUGUUGUGCCUUAUGGAAAACUGUGGUUUAAAAAUUGGUCAUUGCUAAGUUAAAGGUGCACUAAGUAACUUUCCUGGCAGGUGGUCAGCUACCUGCUUGUCUCCAUGGAGAUGUUAUUGGAUUGUUACUGUGAGCUGGGUCGCCUCUCCUCAGAGCUGACCUGUAACCAGAGGUAGGUUGUACGCAGUUACUUUAACUCAGCUACAGUUGCUUGCAUAACUGUAACGGAAAGAGUACUUUUCCAGCAGUAUACUUUUACUCCUACUUGAGUAAUAUUUUUACUGAAAUAACAGUAGUCUUACUUGAGUAAUAGUUUUGGUUACUCUUCCCACUGUGAGUCUACAAGUAACAAGAUUUAUUUUGACAAUAUGACGUGAUUUGAACAUUUGUGUUUCUUCCACCGCUCCUUCAAAUAUGUUUCAUUUUUGUGUCUAUCUUUUGAAAAUAUGAGAUUUUAUGGAUUCUUUAAUGUUUUGACCUUACAUUCAUGUCAAAUCAUACAUCAGAUGUUAUGUCCCGAUAGUUACUCUUGAGCAGCACUUUUCUCAAAUACUUUUUUACUAUUACCUGAGUAAAAAACAAUAGUUUGUACUUCUACUUGAGUAAUAUUAUUUUGAAAUAGCGUUACUCUUACUUAAGUACAAUUUCUGGCUACUCUUUUGCCUGUAACCUGGUCGGUGGCAUAACUUGCUGGUCUCCAUCAAUGGAUACAUUUAAUGCCAUACUUUGGGACAUUUCAGGCAAAGCAUCUCCAUACAGACAAGCACGUGCCGUACCAUUCACUAGAAAAGUUUCAUAGUGCAUCUUUAAAACCACAUUUGGUAGGAUUAAAAAAUGCAUUUGGCCCAUCCUUUAAAUGUGGUUAAAGUUGUCAAUCAUUUGAGGAAAAUGGAAGAACUGUUGAAGUAGUUUAGCCAAUACACAUCUGUUAUGGCACUUCCACGCAAUGCAAUAAUAUCUCCAUGGAGACAACUUGGCAUAUCCCCCAUCGGAAAAGUUACCUAGUCAACUCAAACUCUUAACAAUCGCUACAAUGUAACAUAUAAACUGUUAUUGUUCAACUGUGUCUUGUUUUUAGAUUUCAAUUACAAUAUAUACUCUUACUUCUCCUAACCCUGUGGCCUAUAACCAAGCCUCGCUCUCUGUUUUAAAUCGACUUUUAAAUGCUUUUAUUUUGAAAUGAUGAUAAACCGUUACUUGUAUUAGGCCUGUUACAUUGGUUUGGCUUGUGGAAAAAGAAGAAACUUGUGGUAUUUAUAACUUUGUGGCAUUCUUUGACUAAUGAGAUGCUAUUAAAAAGACAUUUAUAUUUAUUA